CUGUUGAUCCGGCCUUGCGAGGACGAGUGGUGAUGGAGUUCGGCGGAGAUGACGACCGUGCGAAGUUGACGACUGUCGAGAAGACGACCGUUGUGGCGGCCAUGAUGACUGUGCUCUUUCAUUGUCAGCAGGAGAGGUCGUUGGGCAGAUUGAGAGCGAAGAUCCGCGCGCGGAGGAGGAGGACGGCUCAGGUCACCAAUGUCGAUGGGCUGGAUGCAACGGCCAUUAGCUCUGUUGUACUCCAGGUUUGCUACGCCAUGGGUUGCGGCGUGCUUCCACUCGCGACGCCGAGAUGGUGGAUGAAGAGGAGGACGGGCGGGGCGUGGGAGGAUCUCAAGCAAUGCGACAACGCGACGGAGUACUUCCGGGAGAAGCUGCGUAUGUCGCCGCGUGUCUUCCGGGAGAUCGCUGAAGCUUUGUCGCCUCAUCUGCAGAGGUGUGUGACGUUCUACAGGGAGCCGCUGCAGCCUGAUCAUAUCGUCGCUUAUGUGUUAUACAGGUGGGCAUCGGGGGAGACGUACGAAAGCAACACAUGUAACUUCAAGAUAGGGAGGGUUUUUGGGCCGGUGGCGGUACGGGAUGUGACGGCGGCGCUGUUAGUGGUGUAUCGAGAGAAGAAUCCAUGGUCGAUCGGGGUGGGGGUGUGGAAGUUGGUCAUCCUACGAGCAUUCGUCGGCAAAGGAUUCCCGAAUUACCAUGGAUGCAUCGACGGUACUCACGUCUACGUCGACAAGCUGGCAAACGCCCCCAGCGAGGACUACUACGAUCGUAAACGGCGUUUCUCGGUUGUCGCGCAAGUAGUCGUUGAUCUCAACCUUCGUCUGCUGGACGUUCACAUGGGCUACCCGGGAAGCUGCCACGACGUCUGGAUCAUCCAACUUUCAAGUCUGUGGGCGCGUGCAGAGUCUGGCAGUCUUUUUUCAGGGCUGCCAGUGAUGCUCCUCUUCCAAGUGCAGACGGACGGGUACUUGGUGGGCGACAAUGGCUAUCCUCCGUCAGAAUGGAUGGUUGUACCCUAUGGAGGAAUUGGUCAGCACCCUGUCGAGGAGCGGUUCGACAACAAACAGAAGGUGGCGAGGGGGGCUGUAGAAAGUGUUUUCGGAAGGCCAAAGGGGAUGUGGCGGCUGUUCCUGCGGACGCACAAGACAAACAUGGAUACCUUGCCGCAGCAGUUUGUAGUUGUUUGUAUCCUCCACAACAUCCUCAUCGAUGCAGGCAUUCCAUUCAACGAGAAUCUGUUGUGGGAGAUGGACGCCAACGGAGUACGGCGCCGCGUGAACCUCGGGAUUCAACGCCCCCUGCGGCCAAUGUGCAUGGAGAGUUCGACAGGUGAUGCGCUUAUUCUGAGGGACGCGUUGGCGAAGCGGAUGAAGGUCGAUUAGCGACGUCCUUCCCUCGGAGAAUGGCCAUCUUCAGCGUCUUCGUCGCGGGGGGGAGGGGGGGGGGAGGCUGAAGGGGAUGGCAUCGAUCCACGCAUGCCUGGAUAGACCAGACGGCGGGGUCUUGUGUUGUCGUCUGCAUGUUUUAAUGUGACAUCCACGGAGGUAAUAGUAGCGUUGAUGCGUACCCACGAAG